AUGGGUCUCAACUGCCACAUACUCUCAAGACCGAGAAGAUUCCAGAAAAGGGUUGAAUGUGAAGUGCUCAUAGACAACGUAGAGAAACUGCAGAAAAGCGGCCAGGUGAUCGUCAGCCAGACUUUCAAGCAAGAAGUGAUCACGGAAUCUACAAAAUCAAGAGGCCAUUACAACAGCAGCAUACUUGAGAAAAGACACAUCGAUGCUGCCAAAGAACUUCGGUCUGAUCCUGCCAUCACCAUCAGAAGAGCGGAUAAGGCUGCUGCAUAUGUCCUCAUCGACAGCAAAGAAUACUUAAGCAAGAUUUACAGCAUCCUCAGCGACACUACCAAGUUCAGGAAGAUUUCAAGAAACCCUACAGCAGCCCUUAAGAAAAGACUGAACAAGAUAAUAGCAAAGAAUAACUCCACCUGCGAUGUUAAGUUCGAAAGACUCACAGGCGAAUAUGAGAUGGGAUACUGCUAUGGCAAUGUCAAGACCCACAAACCAGGCAACAAAUUAAGACCCAUAAUAUCCCAAAUUCCCACUCCUACCUACUACAUCGCUAAAAGACUGUGCGCCCUCCUCACACCGUACAUUCCUACCUCCUAUCGUCUGCAGUCAGCCUCAGAUUUCAUCGAUAUCCUCAACAACAGCGACGCAGAAGGAAGAGUUGCCUCACUAGAUGUCGAAUCCUUGUUCACGAAUGUUCCAGUGGAUCGCACCAUCAACUACAUCAUGGAGCGUGUCUAUCACAAUGAAGCAACACCUAAGCUUGCGAUCCCAGAAGCUGUACUCCGAGAACUGCUGGAGUGCUGCACUAAAGAAGCACCUUUUACCUGCCCCCGCGGCAACAAGUACUGCCAGGUAGACGGCGUGGCAAUGGGUUCUCCUCUCGGUGUACUCUUGGCAAACUUCUUCAUGGGGUGCAUUGAGGAGGAAGUUUUCAAGAAAGUAAAAAAGCCGGAUAUAUAUUGCCGGUAUAUUGACGACAUUUUCAUCAAGACAAAGGACGCAGCCGAAGCAGAGCAUUUUAGACUUCACCUCCAAGAAACAUCUGGACUAACAUUCACUAUGGAAAACAGCAAAGAUGGAGCCAUGCCCUUUCUCGACGUCCUAGUACAACAAGAAGAAGGAAGAUUUACCACCAGCGUCUAUACAAAACCAACGAAUCCUGGACUCUGCUUGAACGGACGAAGUGAGUGCCCCACGAGGUACAAGGAUUCCACUAUCUCAGCCUACAUCAGAAGAGCGCUUACACACUGCAGCACGUGGAAACAAGUCCACCAAAAAAUACAGCGCUCAACUCAAGUCCUUAUAAACAACAAUUUCAGUGAAAAGGACAUCAACCGCCUAGUAAAGAAAAUUGUCGACAGCUGGCAUAACAAGAAGCAACAAGAGGAUAAGAAAGAGAGCAUCAACAUCUUCUAUAAAGCAACUUUCUCUACCGCCUACGAAGAAGAUGAGAGGGCCAUCACGCAGAUUGUGAAGAGGAACAUCAAGCCUUCCGACCCUGACAGACAAAUGACCUCCCACGAAAAGGGUCACCCACCCCCAACAGAAUAUUAUAUCCUGUUGCUUGAGAAUGGCUUGAGUCUCACAGAGGGCGGACAAUCAUCCCCAGUAUAUUGA